AUGGUAGAGGACCGGACUCAGAUCAACAAAACAAAGGCAGCAGCACCAUCAGCAGCACCAGUAGAGAAGCCUCGUCCACCUAUUAGGACAUCUCAGCUUAGUAAGGAGAUUGAUCCAAAUACUAUAUUGGACAAGAUCCUAGAUUCCCAGCUAACACUUACCGUGCGGGAAGUAGUAGGUGUCUCUAAGGAGGUAGCAAACCGACUCCAGGAUGCUAUCAAGGUGAAGCGAGUAGACUUUGCACAACCAGCAGUGUCACAUUUGGUAACAAAAAGCAAGCGGGAUGCACUGAUCCAUAUAGAGAUGAAGUAUAAGGAUGCCCCAAUAGACUUUAUAGUUGACACUGGAUCUGAGUUGAACAUCAUCAGCAAGGACGUAUACGACACC